AUGUUAGUACAAGCUCCAGCCUCCAACGUCUGGAUCGGUUUGAAUGAUCGAACUGUUGAAGGAGUCUACCGAUGGGCUGAUGGUACCCCUCUGACCGGAUUCACAAACUGGGGUCCAAAUCAACCCGAUAACGGAAAUAAAGCCUUCCAGGAGGACUGCAUGUAUCUACGGGCAAACGAGAAUUUCCCAGGUGAAUGGUACGAUGGAUAUUGUGACUAUCCUCGGGCGUACAUCUGUGAGAAGCCUCAAGAUCCUUCGAUUCCCGUCGACCCACCGAGCUUCCCAUGCUAUGUGGAACUGGAUCCCACCUAUAUCAUAUACGUGAGAGCGUGCUAUAAACUGGAGAGUUCGACCACAAGAUCCUACCAAGACGCAGUCUCUUUCUGUGAAAACGACCACGAGGGCGUCAGAAUCACCUGGAUAGAGGAUGCUUUCCAAGAGGCCUUUCUUCAAGCCAUGCUGUUCAAUGCUGGGAUUAAUUCUGCAUGGAUUGGCCUUGAAACACUACGAGGUAUCAAUAACUUGAAGUGGCAGGGCAGGGAAGCUUUGACCUACACUAACUGGGCCAAGAACCAACCACAGGACACUACACGAUGUGGCAUUCUGACCACUGAAGGAUGGAAAGAUGAAGAUUGUAAUGCAAAGCAUCCAGUACUCUGCAGACAGAAUUUAGGGAGACGCCCAUCUGUACCACCUACUUUUCCUGGGUCGGUGUGUCCAGCUGGAAUGGUGGAAAUCGACGACCAGGACUGCGCAGUAGGCAUCAAUUCAACCUUUGCAACUUCGUGGGAAGAGGCACAGGAGAUAUGUAAAGCUUAUGACAGUUCAAGUUCACUGCCAAGUGUACAUACUCUGAAUGAGGACAACAAUUUGGCCGGACUUUUCUAUACUGACCCUGACCUGGAGGUGUGGAUUGGACUCAGCCCUAGUGACCGUGAUCAGUAUCAAUGGGUAGAUGGCUCCUUGCUUGACUAUGUCAACUUUGGAAGCAACACUCCUGGUGACGGGUGUGGUGUAAUGGUCAUAAGUCCAGGAAGUGGACAAAUCAAUGUGGAAUGGAAGACGGCUGACUGCAAUGAAAACAGGGGAUUUAUCUGCAGGGCACCUAAAGUGUACACCCCGCCGUCAAAAGGUGGCUGUUUACCAGGCUGGUAUCAGCUUGGCAUCAGGUGUUAUCGAUCAGUUGGCCUUUUGGACGCAGACAGGAGGGACUUCAGUGAUUCUGACGAAUAUUGCAGAGAAGAAGGUGGAGGCAGAGGAAGACUGUUCCAAGUAACCAGUCAGUUAGAGCAAUCUUUAUUGUCCCUGCUUCUCCAAGAGUUUGUCAACAAGACAAACCUUUGGAUUGGCUUGUCAGAUGCCAACGAAGAAGGCCAAUUUGUCUGGACCGAUGGUACGCCAAUGACUUUCAGUCAGUGGGCUCCCUUCCAGCCAGACGGCUUCACUGAUAUACCCAAUGAGCCAUUCCGUGACUGUGUUGAAGUCAGAACUGACCCACAACACCUAGGCGAAUGGGACGACAUCAAUUGCCUAGAGCGUAGGGGAUAUAUCUGCCAGACCUUUUUGGAUCUCGAUUCAAAUUCAACAAAUGUUGUCAUUCCUGAGAUGUGUGCAAAUCGCCCAGGUUACAGUAAAUACAAAGACAGUUGCUACAAGUUGGUCGAUCAGAUGCUCUCAUUUGCUGAUGCCCAAAACUUUUGCAGUCAAGAAGGCGCCUGGUUAGCCACAUCCAGGGAUGGUUUCUACAAUGCCGCCUUGUCUUUGCUGGUUAACUGGUACAGCCCUACUCCCGAGUAUGUGUGGAUCGGCUUGGAUCAGGCUUCGAGGAGACUAACUGCAAUUAUUAUCGCCAAACUUAUUGCAUUAACAACAGCCCAAUGGAAAGGUUGA